CCCAAAUAGUAAUAUAAUAGUUUGUUGAGGUACUUGAGCAGCGAAGAGGGACGAAAUAGAGUUGCAGAGAUUGAGAAUGUCGAUACUGUUUGAGAAGAGCGAGGCGUGGAGGUGGCUGGUGAGGAGGACAAAGGAGUCCAAGCCAUUCUUCCUUGCCUUCGCCACCAUAUGCGGCGUCGUUCCGGGAGUCAUCGGCUACGGCGUCAUGCAGGUCACCAACACCCGCAACCCCGAGCUCGAAGCUCGUCUCCGCCAGAACGCCCGCCCCGAAACCGUCAUGAUGGGGAAAGUAAAUCAAGAGAGACUGGCAGAAUUCCUUGGGGAGCUGCAGCGUAAAGAGGAUACAAAUGACCGUUAUGUUGCUGCUCUGAGAGGAGAAACGUUGACUAGGAAACCUUAUGUGCGAAUACAACCAAUCCCAAAACAAAGCACCACCCAGGCUGACAAGGAACAGAAAGCCGAGAAGGAACAAAAGUAGAUGAGGAGGUGGGUCUACCCUUGAUGUGAAUACUUUCUGUUUCUGGGUAGCUGUAUGCUGUCAUUACACAAGGUUUCACUUUUUUUUUUGGAUGUUAUUCAAAAUCUGUAUGUCAUUAUGAGACAAGUCAAAGAAGUUUUCAGUCUUUGGAUUUUCUUCCCCUUCUAAGGCAUACUGUUUAAAGUUAGACUUGUCUUGUGUUGUUUAUCAUUUCCUCUAGUCUGGGAGGUCAUCAGCUGUUAAAUUAUAUAGACUUCAAGAAAUUUGCCAAUGAUGCCUCCUGUGA